CGACUGCCGCAUGAUUCCGCGGCUCCGACGCGCCACUGGCUGUCAACAGCGGCUGGCGAAGCCAUUCGCUUCUACCCAUGCGGCGAACACCUUCGGGGAGGAUAGUCUAACAUACGGUGUUAACUUGAAGUGUCAUUUUAUUGAAAUCUCGUAACACCCAAUUUUUGGGAAAAUUCAUAAGUAAUCAUGGAGAUUGACAAGAGAUUGUUGAACGUUCUGGUCCUAAGUUUUGGAUUUAUGCUGGUGUUUACCGCAUUCCAAACAAUGGGAAACAUUGAGAAAACCAUUCUGGACAGCAUAGCAAAGGAUGACAAGUCGUUCAACGGCAAUGCCUACACAAGUUUAGCGAUAAUCUAUGCAGCAUUGGCAAUCUGCAACUGGCUAGCCCCAUCCUUCAUCUCAAUGACGGGCCCAAGAAUAGCUAUUUUCGUAGGCUCCUGCUGUUAUGCAUUUUUCAUAGCAACAUUCCUUCUCCCAAGCUCAGGUUUACUCUACACAGCCUCGGCGAUUCUCGGUUUCGGAGGUUCCUUAGUAUGGACUGGUCAUGGCCAGUAUCUCACCGAGAACAGUGAUUCGGAAACCAUGUCCCGGAACUCGGGCCUCUUCUGGGCCAUCUUUCAGUCAUCUAUGUUCACUGGAAAUUUAUUCGUGUACUUUAUGUUCACGGAUCCCGAGAUCGACGGCCCAACGAGGAAGAUUGUCUUCUGGGUUCUGACUAGUCUCGCAAUAGUUGGAGUAGCAGUGUUAUCGAUCCUCCGGAAGCCCCCACAGAAGCUGUCCCUUGGAGAAGCCGAAGGUGUCUCCAGUCAUGACAAAGAACUGGCAAUGCCGGAACCCCGACGUCAAGCCGGCUGUGCUGCAGCUUGGAGUGCGUUCAGGGAUGCUCUCAGCCUAUGUAUCACUCCAAAGAUGCUCCUACUGUCAUUGACAUUUAUUUAUACUGGUUUGGGAUUGACAUUCUUCUCGGGAAUUUAUUCAUCAAGCAUCGGCUUCACCGAGGCCAUGGGCGAGAAACGGAAGAGUCUCGUUGGCCUCUCAGGUAUUUGCAUUGGAGUGGGAGAAGUUCUUGGUGGUGCAAUCUUUGGAAUGCUUGCGUCAAGAGGUCCAGGUGCUCUUGGAAAAUGCACAGGAUGGCCAGUAGUGGUGAUUGGAUUUUUUAUUACGCUAUUUGCGUACAUAUCUGCAUUCCUCAAUCUUCCCAACAGUUCGCCAUUCAAGGACACCAAUGAAGAAGCCUACAUGGUUCCGUCACCAGUACUCGCGAUGGCAGGAAGUUUGACAUUGGGUUUCGGUGAUGCCUGCUACAAUACUCAGAUUUACUCGUUACUUGGGGUGAUAUACGCUAAAGACAGCGCUCCAGCUUUCGCGUUAUUCAAGUUCACUCAGUCGGUGGCUGCGGCCAUCAGUUUUGUAUAUAGUAAUCAUGUGGGUCUCCAUGGACAGCUAUCUAUUCUCCUUGUGUCCAUGGUACUUGGAACUGUAGCGUUCACCUACAUCGAGAGAAGGUACUCGAGAAAGAAGCUAGAACCUGCGGAGGGCGAGCCCAGGUUAGCGGAAAGUGUCAGUGCUGAGGAGUGAGUGACACCAUCAGUCAUGGCAAUUAUGAGAGAGAUUGUGGAUUCGUAAUGGAAAUUCGAACGUUUUAGGACGCCUGGUGGAAUGAGGUAGUAAGGCCAAUAACCCGGAGCUUAUGUAGCCAAGGUGAACAUAUCAGAAGUGCAGUAAAAGUUUGCUUUUUGAAACAGUUUAAGGUGUGUAAAGUUCAAGAUCGUUCGGCAUGCGAAGCUCUUGCAUCAAGGAUUGAGCUUUGCUGUACCCAUCGACCGUUGAACUCUACGCACUUCAUCCACAGAACGAUCUUCAAGAGCCACUUGAGGAAAAGUGGAUCUUGUCUUCUUAUUUCAUUCCACUCGUGCUUUGCCCAUUGUUGACAACAAUGUUGAUUUAUGACAUUUUUGACGAUAAUGUUAAGGCAUUCAGCACGGUUCACCUUGAUGACCAAAGCCUAAUCAAAGUGUGUCAGGAGAAUUCUAUAAUGCAAUUCGAUAAAAUAAAAAAAAUGUGCAAUCGCGAUGGACUAUUGCAAUCCCCUGAGACUGUACUUCCCCGGAUAUUAUCAAUUGAUUGUAUAUAAGUUGGAUAAAAUUUUCAAACGAUAGCAGCGUACCUGAAAACAUUACGCUUGAACGCAUUUUAGGAAUAUUUUUUUUUAUAUUCACACAUUUCAUAUCUUUUUAUCCCCUCCCAUUCGCGCACUUCAAUUUUAUCGCAUUCGUCUCUGCAUUUCAGUGGCCGCGGCUAGUCCAACGCACCUUAUCGAUUUAUAUCAUUGUGACUGAUCUGCAUCCGACAAUUCUGAUUAACUAAAUUGACAGAUUUAUUAUUUUCCCCAUAAUGAGGGCAUGGACGUUGUUGAUGAUAUUGUUGAAUAAAAUAUGAAAUAUUUGUAUAUAAA